CAACAUGCGUCCAAAGGAGCACCCGGAACUAUCCUUUGAUGUUAUUCCCAAACUGUAUGAAGCAAAUGCCAAAGUUUUCCUUACCAGCCUAUUCCGGGUGGAGGAGCAGCUGCAGCCUUUGCCUCGGACGUUCUGCCGGAUGUACACCACCGAACCGUUGGCCAAUCAGCUUAUCGACUACCUGAGCUUGCGGGGCGGCCAAAUCUCGAAGCAGAAUUUUCAUCUGGUGGAGGACUGUCAGCCUUUUGAGGUGCAACUGAUUUUCGGAAGGAAACUGGAGGCCAUGCUCUGCUGUGGCAGCCACCUGAAUAACAGCCUCAUUCUGCUCAUCCGCCGACCCCAAGGCGGAAGACUACUCUAUUGCUAUUCGUCGGUGAGGAUGGAUAACUUGGGACGCCUGCUGGGUAAUCCUGUUUUCAACUCCUGGAUCAGAAACGGUACCGAACGGCUUUACCUCAAUCUGUCCUCCGUGAAUAAGCCCUUCGAGCACUUGGACUUCGAUGAAAUGGCCAAGAAGAUUCAGAAAGACUGCAUCCAAAAUAACCAAGUGCGAGAGCUGAAGCUGCCACAUUUUGGUUAUGAGGAACUGAUCUGGAACUUGGGACACACCCGGUUGUAUGGCCAAAUUCGACCGAUGGGCACCUUGGCCCAGAGUUACAAGCAUCUCAGCAGCGAUUUAGGGCGGUUCCAGUGUGACGAUAACUCUGUAAAGAUAAAUGUCUGCAUGAUCCUUGAUUGUGAGGCAGCUUUAGAGGCGCUACAUACCGACUCGGGGUCACGCACGCUGACCCUUCCCCUGCGACAACUCAAAUGGACGCCACUGCCCACCCGAAUGCAUCUCCGGCAGUUAUGCAGCCUGCUGCGUCCCCAGCAUAUCGACGGUAUUGUGGCCUUCCACUCGGCGGGGAAUAUUCCCCAGGUUCCGGCUUUUCUUCAGUGUUUCAAGGAAGCUUUUGUCGAACGAAGCAAAAAACCUAAGGCGCCGGAAAAAAGCCCAAAAAUCGGGGCUCCAGCAAAUACCUAUAGAGUAUUGAAAACGAAUCGAAUUACUUUUGCAGACGAUGGCAGCGAGUCAGAUUAAAAAUAUUGUUAAUUUUUUUGUAUUAAUUUCAAUAUAAAUAUCAUUACCUCUUUUAAUAUUAAUUUUAAGCAGAAUUUAGGUGAAUAGUGUUGAAAUAGGUGAUCGUUUUGAAAGUGUUUUCUAAAAUGAAUUGUGUAUUUUGUAA